AUGGAGGCACUUUUGAGACUAGCCAUUCUGUUCACUAUGUUGUCCACCAGGACCGCUCUUGCCGGAGAUGGAGUUCAGGUUCAAAAGGAAAAAAAGUCUCUAAAUCUACACAUUUGUGGAGAGAAUCAACGCCAGAUAAUGGGUAUUGUCAAUCAUAGCACGGGUGAGAUAAAAUAUACCAUCAAACCCAGGCUGAACAAAAACUACAAAAUUGGAGCAGUUUUUGAUGGAACGCACCUCAUUCUUGAGGAUGAAAGUACGAUUAUUGAUAGGAAUGUCCUAUUUAGGUAUUUUACAGAUGGCACGAGAUACAUCAUGGUCACAACUGCAAAAGGGGGAGUGGAAGAUUCUAAAGUAGAAAUCACAGAAAUGAUCAAGAAAACGGACGACAUGAUGUACAUGCCACUGGUAAGAUGGCCUCUAGAUCUCAAUUUAGUGGAUCAACACGAUGAGAGAUUCAUCAAGGUUACCAAUGGAAUUAAACGCGGAAUUAUCGUUUACACAACGAAAAACGAUAUGGAACUCGACUUUUUCAUUGGCAUAGUAAAGUACGGUAGAUAUAUCGUUGACGAAAGGGUGGAUGGAGUGCUCAAGAAAAUGAUCCAAGUAGACAAGAGAAGAAACCCAUGGAUAAUAACAAUUUCUGCAUUUUUAAAUGAUGGAAGGUUCAUAAAUUUGACAUACAGGAUAGUUGGAGGUAUUCCCAUGGUAUCAAGUAGAACUGGUUACUAUUAG